AUGGUUUUCACAAGCACACAACAUCUCGGUUUUCUUACAGUAAUAACUCUUACUAUCGGCAUUUAUCGAUCAGAUAUUUUCCAGAGCAGUUUACGAAGACCGACAACCGAAAAACUUGAGCCAAGAUUAGAUCCGUACGAACAAACCCUCGAAGGCGUAAAAAGUCUCAAAGGAGAUCAACUUCAAAAAGAGCAAGAGCGAUUAGAGAAAAUUUCGAAAGUCACAAAUUUCGAAGAAUUCGGUGUUAGAGAAGAUCAAAACUGCAACGACUCGCCGCGAUUUUUCGAUUCUCCGCAGCCGAGGACCGCGAUCUCGUCCUUUCCGGGGUCGGGAAACACUUGGGCAAGGCAUUUGCUUCAUAUGGCUUCCGGUUACUGGACGGGGAAUAGAAGAGGCUCAAACCACCUGAAACAGUAUGGCUGGCAAGGCGAAGAUCGAGACUGCAAAGAUGGAACAACUAUCGCCCAGAAAACCCACAGACUCAGUAAGAACAAAGCCUGCAAAUUCGAAAGAGGCCUGGUGAUUGUUCGGAACCCAUUCGAAGCGAUUCUCGCGGCUUAUAAUCAUCACAAAGCUGGGAAAACUGGCGAGCCACCUUAUUCAGGAAAGAAGUCGAAAUAA